CGGGCAGAUGGGCCGAUAACCCCUGAAACCACCUAGGUGUCCAGGACCAAUAUCGUCGUGAUGCCUACGCUAGAGUGACCUCCCCUAGGUAUUCGCCAUCAAUAUAAAUAUGUAGUCACAACGCCAUGAAAGAGGCCUGAAGACAAAGACCCAUCAUCAUCAACUCUCUUCAAUCAUUCUUGAUUCUUCGUAUACCACUCACUUGUCAAUCGCUAUCAACAGCUCUUCAGCCCAAAAUGAAGCAAACCGCAGCCCUCCCUCUCGUCAUGGCGGCCCUCGCCUCCGCAGUCCCAGAUGUCGUCGUUAAGGACCUCCCCAACACCUGCCAGACCUUCCCCGGCGCACACCAAGUCGGCCAGAACGGGUGCGAGGCCAUCUUCCAGAUCUACGCCGACUCGACGGGCAACGCCGCCGUCGACGGCAAGCACGCCACGCAGGCCGACUCCCCCGUCCCCGAGGCCUGGGGCUCCAUCGCCAUCGUCUCGGACCAGACCAUCGCCUGGCCGCGGUUCAAGGUCAGCUCGUCCGGGUACCCGGGGAUCGAGACCGACGCGCAGAACCCGGAGACGGGCGACUUCGAGUGGACGCCCAUCAAGCUCAACGGCGACGUCGACAACCAGCAGCUGCUGUACGAAUACGUCGUCGCGGGUUACCCCCUGACGCCGUACGCGCUCUCGGAUGCCGCGACCGGCGAGGAAAUCCCUGGUGUUUUCCUGGGCGCCAACGGGCAGGUCACCUGGGCCUUCUCCGUGGGCAAGGAUCAGUACAACCGUGACCAGUAUAACUUCCGCCUGCUUGCCAACGAGACGGCUCCACUGCGGGGUGAGGAGUUUGAGGGUUUCUUGAGGACUGGGGAGCAGUUUGAGGGCGUUCAGUAAAGGCACCAUGGUCUAUCUAAAUAUGGUGCAGUUUAAUGUGAUAAGCGAUAGAACAUGACGAGUACGACGGGAAUGAAAAGUUAGAACCUUUGA